AUGUCAAUAACUGUUUCGACAUGUCAAUAGAUUUGUUAAUCACCAUUAAAUCAUAGUACUUCAAAGAGUUUAUGGACAUUCUCAAAAUCUGAGAGAUUUGGCAAAUUAGCAAAUCCAAUAUUGUAAUUGAUUCUGACCUAAAUUUUAGUUGUUAAUAAGCAUUUUAUAAUCUACCUUCAAUGAUUGAAAAAAGAUCUGCUGGUAUUGGUAAAGGCAAUAAGUACUAAUUAAUUAUAAAAUACAGAUUGGAUUUCACAAAAGUAGUUGUUCCAAGUCCAUCUCCUCAACAAUAUAAUUUAGGCAGUGAUGUCUAAAAUAAUUUGAAAAAGAAUAAAGGAUAUAAAUUUGGAGUUAGUAGAGAUAAAAUGGCCAGUACAGGUAUUUUAGGAACCUUAAAUCUAAAGACUCCAGGUUACAAUUCAUCCAUUUAACCCUAUAGCCCCUGGAACUUAUGAUUUAGGAUCAACAUUAAGUGAUAUUAGAUAUACAAUGAGGCCAAAACCAGAGAAAAGCUCUUUAAUUUCUAAUGCAAAGGUUCCAGGACCAGGAUAAUAUGAAUCAUUACCAACUAUCAAUGAAAAAGGGAGAUAUCCAAUAUCAAAAUACAGUAAUUCAUGUGCUACUUUAUUCAAUCCUUAAUCCUCAAAGAGAUUUACUACUGAUUAUUGUAAGAAUGAGUAUCUCUCUUAUUUUAUUAGCUACUAAAGUACCUGGUCCAGGAUAAUAUGGACUGGAUAAGACAGGAAUCUAAUAAGUAUAAGAAUUCAGUAAAUAUAUAGGAUGGAAGAUAUUUUGUAUCUAAAUUCCAUGAUUCAAAUGUGAGAAGCUUUCCAAAAGAAGCAAGAAGAACAGGUUCCAACGAAAAAUGUAAAUAAUUUCUAAAAAGUUAGAUUAAACACCUGCCCCUGGAAAUUAUAGAUUACCAUCUGAAUUUGGCUAUUAUGAGGCUAGCAAAAGUGUUGGACGCACUGAACCAAUAUGA